GUGACGGCUCCGACGAAUCCUAUGCUCCCGAAGAAGCAAACUCGAUCAGCUCAACCGGAAGUUAUACUACCGUAGAAGAGCACGAGUUGGAGAAUCUCGACACCACUCACGAUCGAGACGAGGACGACGACGACCAGGACGACGACGACCAGGACGACGACGACCAGGACGACGCCGACCAGGCCGACGCCGACCAGGACAACGAUGACGACCAGAACAUCGAGGGUGAGGCAGCCAAAGACACCGAGGCAUCCAGUGAACAAACUGUCAGAUCGCCCGAAACCACAGUGCAACCUGUUGUCACUGCACAGCCUGAUGGGCCCAAGGGAAGAAAGAGGGGACCAAAAGUAGCUAGCAUCAUUGAACAGUUCUCACCUCAACCAGAAUGCAGCUACCGUUCAAGACAAAGUUCGGGAAACUAGAAGCGCGGAGCAGCGAGGCCAACUGCUCCGUGUCGUCUAACAGGGCUGCAUAUCCAAUGCUUCAGCAUUAUCGAACAAUUGCUAAAAAGCAAGCCCAACACGAACGUCGUGGUGUACGUUACACGGAUGAGGAAAAGGAUAUUGGACUGUAUAACUACAUGAUGGCUGGCAAGAGGUACCACAAAUUCCUUGUUGGGAACUUGCCCGUCAUCAGCCGAAGCACUCUAUCAAGGCACUUGAAGGCUAGCACAAAGUGUAUAGAUGAAGGCCAAAUCGAUGUAGCGGGUUUGAAGCAGUACUUACUUCAAAACGGUUAUCCGUUGGAAGUUAUGCUGUCAGAGGAUGGAACCAGAGUUAUGCAGCAAGUGCAGUAUGAUUCUAGAUCAAACACGAUAACUGGAUGUGUUGCACCACUGGACAAGACUGGACUGCCGACGCAAGCCUACUUCAACGCGUCAAAUGCCAAUGAGGUGGUCGAAAAACUGGAGAAAUGCGCACUGGCAAGCACUGCUUAUGUCCAACUCGCUACUCCCUUGGUACCAAACGCUGCGCCCUAUGUACUGUUCUACAUGGCCACUGACAACAAGUUUAAUCACAUACAUGUCAUUAAACGUUGGGCUCACACGAUCAAAACACUCCAAGCCAAUGGAAUUGCUGUCUUAGGCAUCGCUUCAGAUGGAGCCACACCUUUGCUAAGCGCCAUGAUCAACGUGACGAAGUUUACACCAGAAUCCUCACUGGGUGAAUUGUUUGCUAUUGCAUUUGACCAGUUGGUAAUCUGCUUCCAAGAUAGUCUACAUAUCUUGAACAAUAUCCGUCGCCGGCUGUUUAAACUGCCGGGAACCUUAGCACUAGGGCACAAGCAUCCUCAAUUAGUCAUCUCGAGCAUCUUGUUAAAUAUUUCCACAAGAACAUGCAUGGACUCACCUCGGCUGACCUCAACCCGACUGAUCUGA